CUGCAUCCUGCAGAUGCAUACUAGACCGACCCGCGGAGGGAUCCCAUCUGUCCACCGAGGGCAUUUCCACGGCUGCCCGUUGAUUAGAUCGACGCAUGUCGCCUAUCUCUGCUGGCCAAGGAUGGACGACGCUCGCACUCUGCAGCUUGCCUCAUAUGGCUCCCGUCUCAUUGCAUAAUGUUCCGCCGAUCAGGCGUAUCCAAUACAUCGCCACCCGACACCGCAUCACGAAGGAGGAAGGUCAUCCUCUCUUUGGAUACGGUCGGCAUCUGCCUUGUCGGUACGACACGCAGUAUUCCAUCUUUUCAUAUCAUGUUUGCUUUACUCCAUAAUGUAUGUCAGGCUUGACAGAUUGCAUGGGCAGGCGUGAGUCGGCGUUGAAGGUGCGUUAUUCCACCAUACGGGAGCAGACUGCAGGCUGUCUCACAGUCUUCG